AUUCUUAUGUGUAUAUAUAUUAGGGAUGCAAGAUAUUGAAUGGAAUAAAAGAUAUCUGUGCCAACAAACCUCGAGUCGAUCAGAGUGCAUUAAUAAACACAAAUAAUGAUAUUUUCCCUGACCUCAAUGCAUUUAAAGGGAGAAGUUGAUCAAAACAAGAAGAAAAUUUCACCUCAAUUAAAGAGCAGCUCACAACACAAUAGCUGAUCAUACUGGACAUGUGAUUGUCGAAGCAGUAGCUAAAGUGAUUUUAGUGGGAAGUGGGACUGGUGGCUUCAAAGCUCUGAGCUGUCGGACUGAUUUAUUGCAGAUGCAGCAGCGGCGCAUCGCGGGUUAAAGGAGGGGGCAGAAUUAACAACAUGUCAACACAUCCCAGCUGAUCUGUUCACAGAUGACAGGGCGACCAUAUGCGAACUGCGCUUCAAGGCAGCUUCUUUCUUUUUUCUUCGUUUUUUUUGGUUCGAGCCGGGAGGAAACGAGAGGGAGAGGGAACGAAAUAGAGAGAGACAGAGAGACAGAGACAGAGAGAGAGAGAGAAACAGAGAGAGAGAGAGAGAGAGAAACAGAGAGAGAGAGAGAAACAGAGAGAGAGAGAGAAACAGAGAGAGAGAGAGAGACAGAGAGAGAGAGAGAAACAGAGAGAGAGAGAAACAGAGAAAGAGAGAGAGAGAGAGAGAGAAACAGAGAGAGAGAGGGACGUUUUCAUCACGACACCGCCAAGAAAGCUGAGUCAUUUAAGCCGAGGUAAUAAAUAAAUAAAUAAAUCAGGGCCGUUCAGGAUAUAUUUUUUAAAAAUGAAUGAGAUAGCAGAGGUUUAUUUAAAAAAAAAAGAAAAGAAAAAUGUAAAUAAAUUAGGAAUAUCUAUACAAAUAAUGAUAAAUAAAAAAACAGAAAUGUUGCGAAGAGAGAAAUGCCUGUUUUGCAAGUGAAGAGGAGGUGACAGCGUGGCAAAGUGAACAAGAGAGAUAAUGGCAUUACGGGAGACCUUGGUGUGUGUGGGGGGCGGGGGGCGUUGUGCGUGUGCGUGGGUGUCUGUGUGCGUGUGUGUGCGCGCGUGCAGAGAGGCUGGUGCUGCAACAGGAACCACAUGAGCAGGGAGGAGCCGCGCGAGGAGAGAUAAAAGUCCACGCCCCUCCCUGCCGAGCCGAGCAUCCAUUUACAGAGCAGCUGAUGUUGCUGCUGCUGCUGCUCUGAACAGAAGGGAAUAAUAGUUUUUAAAAAAGAGGCACUGAGUUUGCUGUUGAGCUCGAGUUGAACCGGUGAGCAGAGAAGAGUUGGACGCAUUCAGGACAUUUUGGAAGGAUCUUUUUCUCUUUUCUUUCUUUUUAUUGUGCCAACUGGAUGUGUCUGACCCCAGACGAACUACUCAAGGAGGAUCUUUGAGCAAUUCCCAGUAAAAAAAAAAAAAAGAAGAAAGUGCUGCAGCCUUUCUCUACAGUUCUACAGGUUGAAAUUCACAUUCUAUUAAUUAAUUUUCCUUAAAGAUGACCACUAUGCAGAGGUUGCUCCAGCUGCCCGUGAAUGCCGUGAACAUUGUGAAGACGGUGCAGAGUCAGGUCCAGGGCCAGGAGGAGGACAAGAGCCCCGUGUUGAGCCCCGACAGCGGGCAGCAGACUUGGUACAGUGCCCUCCAGCCGGAUGAGCUGCGCCACCUCCGGUCUGGGGGCACUGGGGGCGGCGGAGGAGGUGGUGGAGGCGGAGGAGACCAGGAGGAACGAGGCUCACAGGAGGACGGAGGUGGAAGCUUCCAAAGUCAGCCCCUGCGGCAUGACGACUUGAAGGAGAUGCUGGACAGCAACAAAGACUCCCUGAAGCUGGAGGCAAUGAAGCGGAUUGUGGCUAUGAUCGCCCGUGGUAAAAAUGCAUCAGACCUCUUCCCAGCUGUGGUGAAAAAUGUGGCGUGUAAAAACAUUGAGGUGAAGAAGCUGGUCUAUGUUUACUUGGUGCGUUACGCCGAGGAGCAGCAAGACCUCGCCCUGCUCUCAAUUUCUACCUUCCAGCGUGGCUUAAAGGAUCCCAAUCAGCUCAUCAGAGCCAGCGCCCUGCGAGUUCUGUCCAGCAUACGAGUUACAAUCAUCGUCCCCAUUAUGAUGCUGGCCAUCAAAGAAGCUGCUUCAGACAUGUCUCCAUACGUCAGGAAGACCGCUGCCCACGCCAUCCCCAAGCUCUACAGUUUGGACCCUGAACAAAAAGACCAGCUCAUAGAAGUCAUAGAGAAACUCCUGGCAGACAAAACCACGCUGGUGGCAGGAAGUGUCGUCAUGGCGUUCGAAGAGGUGUGUCCGGAGCGCAUCGACCUGAUCCACAAGAACUACAGGAAGCUGUGCAACCUGCUUAUCGAUGUGGAGGAGUGGGGCCAGGUCGUCAUCAUCAACAUGUUGACCCGCUACGCCAGGACCCAGUUCCUCAACCCAAACAUCAACGAGUCUCUGCUGGAGGAGGGAGGAGGCGGAGAGAAAACCUUCUACGGCUCGGAUGAAGACGAGGAUGAGGACGAGGAGGAGAAGGAGAAGAAAGCAGAGGCGGCCGCCUUGGCCAAGAGGAAGCCCUACGUGAUGGACCCCGACCACCGGCUGCUGCUGAGGAACACCAAGCCGCUGCUGCAGAGCCGGAACGCAGCCGUGGUGAUGGCUGUGGCCCAGUUGUAUUUCCACCUGGCCCCAAAAGCAGAAGUUGGCGUGAUUGCCAAAGCGUUGGUCCGCCUGCUGAGGAGCCACAGUGAAGUCCAGUACGUCGUUCUUCAGAAUGUGGCCACCAUGACCAUUAAAAGGCGGGGCAUGUUCGAACCAUACCUGAAGAGUUUCUACAUCCGCUCCACGGACCCGACCCAGAUCAAAAUCCUUAAGCUGGAGGUUCUCACCAAUCUGGCCAACGAGACAAACAUUUCCACUAUUCUCAGGGAGUUUCAGACAUACAUUAAAAGCAUGGAUAAAGAUUUCGUGGCUGCAACAAUUCAGGCUAUCGGCCGUUGCGCUACUAACAUCGGAGAAGUGAGAGACACGUGUUUGAACGGCCUGGUGCAGCUGCUGUCUAACCGAGAUGAGCUGGUGGUGGCGGAGUCGGUGGUCGUCAUCAAGAAGUUGCUCCAGAUGCAGCCAGAGAAGCACAGUGACAUCAUCAAGCACAUGGCGAAACUAACAGACAACAUCCAGGUCCCGAUGGCACGAGCCAGUAUUCUGUGGCUGAUUGGAGAAUACUGCGAGCACGUGCCAAAGAUCGCGCCGGACGUCUUGAGGAAGAUGGCCAAGUCGUUCACCAACGAGGAAGACAUCGUCAAGCUGCAGAUCCUAAAUCUGGCCGCCAAGCUCUACCUCACCAAUUCCAAACAGACUAAAUUGCUGACGCAGUACGUUCUCAACUUGGCCAAGUACGACCAGAACUACGACAUCCGUGAUCGGGCCCGCUUUAUUCGGCAGCUCAUCGUGCCCACGGAGAAGAGUGGGGCCCUCAGCAAGUACGCCAAGAAGCUCUUCCUGGCUCUGAAACCUGCACCCGUCCUCGAGUCUCCGUUCAAAGAUAGAGACCACUUCCAGCUGGGUUCGCUUUCCCACCUGCUGAACGCCAAGGCCGGGGGCUACCAGGAGCUGCCCGACUGGCCCGAAAGCGCCCCCGACCCCUCCGUGCGCAACGUGGAGGUGAAGGAGUCUGUUUUUGCGCUGCUCGAAAGAGUCACAACACUGACGAGCGUGCCCGAAUGGACCAAAUGCAGCAGCCGGGAGAAGAGGAAGGAGAAGAAAGUUGAGAAGCCGUUCUACUCCGACUCAGAGGGCGAGUCCGGCCCGACCGAGUCUGCUGACAGCGAGUCGGACUCGGCCAGCUGCUCGGAGAGCGGCAGCGAGAGGAGCGGCUCGGCCUCGGAGAGCGAAGAGAGCGGCGAGGUCUCUGUGUCUGAGGAGGACGAGGAGGAGGAAAAGGAGGAGAAGAAAACGAAGAAGAGAGAAUUAAAGAAGGCGGUGCAAGAAAGCGAGAGUGAGCAGAGCAGCGAAGAGGAAGAUAGGAAACACGAGAGGAAGACGAAACAGCGGAAGAGCGACUCGGAGUCAGAGUCUGACGAGGAAGAGGAGAGCGAGUCUGAGAGCAGCCAGUCGGAGUCUGACGACUCCGAGUCUGAAGCAGAAGUCAGGAAGAAAAAGAAGGCAGCUGAAUCUAAACCUCCUUCCAAACCCGUCAAGAAAGAAACCAAGAAAGAGAAGAAGGAAAUGUCUCUUUUGGACCUCGAUGAUUUUGAACCAGCGCCCUCACCGCAAGUCACCCCGGUCAACAACUUGCUCUCUAACAGCCUGGUGACCGACCUGGAGGGCCUUUCCCUGUCCGAAGCCGUCAUGUCACCAGCGACCAUCGCCCCCUCCAGCGCGCUGAAGAGCUACGAGCUGCUGCACCGCAUCACGGGCGAGGGUCUGUCGGUGGAGUACUGCUUCAGCCGGCAGCCGUUCAGCCCCGACGCCAACAUGGUGGCGGUGCAGAUGCAGUUCACCAACAGCUCCACGUCCGACACCAAGAACCUGCACAUGGAGGACGUGAAGCUCCAGUCGGGGAUGAGGGUGAAGGAGUUCCCCGAGAUAGAGUCGCUGCCAGCCGGCGAGACGGCCACGGCGGUUCUGGGCAUUGAUUUCUGUGACUCGACACAAGCUGCAAACUUCCAGCUGUGCACGCACACCAGGAAGUUCUUCGUGUCCAUCCAGCCGCCAGUCGGAGAGCUGAUGAGGCCGGUCUUCCUCACAGAGAACGAGUUCAAAAGAGAGCAAGGUCAGCUGAUGGGAAUGAAUGAGAUCACAGAGAAGCUAACUCUAGACGCCAAGUGUCGGAACGAGCACGCCAUCGUCCAGAGAGUGACCACGGCCGCCAACCUCAGCCGCGUUCCCUGCGGCUCAGACAAAGAGUGCAGUCCUCCUGUUCCUCCUCCUGAACAUCCUGCCCACAGGUUUGGGCAGAACGGUGACCAGCGGCAGCCUGGUGCUGGUCACUGUGACGACCAGAGAGGAGGGCGCCGCCCAGCUGACGAUCAACUGUGAGAAAAUGGUGAUCGGCACCAUGCUGGUUAAGGACAUCCUGCUGGCCCUGACGCAGUGACGACAAGCGGACGCCCGGCUCCACUUGUGCCCCCCUCACUCCAGCCACCCCGCGGAUUUUGUUUAGGACUGCGUUCUCCAACAAGCCACGUUGGACAGGAAGCUUCCAGAGUGUGAAAAGAUAAUGAGCCAUGCAUCUGAAGAGUGACAGAGAAGACAUCGAAUUGUAGCAUAAUCAUCGUUUAGCUGCUCACUAAACCACUUACUGGUUUCCAGUUUAAGUAUGGAAGCAAAAUGGACGUAAAUGUUUGGAGGUUCUCUGCUCAUUGUCCACAUUAAAAGUUUUGUUUCAGGUGAAAUAAAAAAACACAAAAUGCUACCAAA